ACAUCGUUUCACACUCACGCUGUCAAAGGGUGACAGUUAAACUCUACUAUUUUUGUUCGUGUCACUGAACUCAGGAGUUAUACCAGGGCUGAUACGUGUCAAACGGAUAGAAAGAUGAGUUGAAGACAGCGGUGAGAUCUGCUGUGAUGUACGACUGGCAGACAUGCUUCUAGAUGUAAUCCAAGAGAUGAUGUGCUGGAUGUGUCACAGAGGUUUUGCUGUGAGUGACCGGGAAGAACAGGAUUAGAAGUGAGCUCAUCACAGGGACAGCUGAGGUGAGAUAACGAGACAGAGAGACAGAGAGAGAGAGACAGAGAGACUAUUCAAAACUUAAAAUAUAAAAAUAUUUCCAUUUUGUGUAGUAUCGAACUAUCAAAACACUAAUAUCAUUGUAGUAUAAUGUUUUAUUUGUGUGAACUACUACCAGAUCAUUUUAUUUGUGUUUUUUGUUCAUUAUUUUAUUCCAGACUAAACUGUGUCUCCUGUAUCCUGUGGACAGAACCUCUCAGGACCUGAACUGUGUCUGCGAAGAUUUAUAAACAUCCAGCAAACUCCAGAUCAUUUUUUCAGUCCUUCAGAAAAACCAUAUUUUAUUCCCCAACAAAUCUGGUUCAUUGUGAGAAGAAGCAGGAAUAACAACAAACAGAUUCCCUGUAUUUCUGGAGGACCAGACCCUCCAGUCGAUCAGAGCUGAAGACACAGUGAGAGUAUGAGACAAACUACUUUAUAUCACAGCUCAACAAGAAAUGGCAUAAUGUGGGUUCCCUGUUAAUCAAAAUGACACCCACAGAGCUGUGUGACUAGCACUGUGAAUCCCUCACCCUCCCUGACCUUCCUGUACCUGACCUCAAACCUACUCAACUUUAGAACUUUGUUCACCCAUAGUAGCAACCUGUGUUGCUUUCCUUUCUUUUUUUCAAAACUCCCCCUACCUGCCUGCGCCUACUUUUCUUUGUAAUUACAACUCCCUGUUUUUUUCUUUUUUGCAACUUUUUUCUCACUGGCAACAUGCAGGGUGCUUCUUCCACCUCUGUUCUCCUGAUUUUCCCUUCCAUCCUGUUCUUUUUUGCCCCCAUGCCUAACAUGGUGAACGGGGACUGUUGGCUCAUUGAAGGGGACAAAGGAUAUGUGUGGCUGGCUAUCUGCAGCCAGAACCAGCCACCAUAUGAAACCAUCCCCCAGCACAUCAACAACACGGUCCAUGACUUGAGACUGAACGAGAACAAACUGAAGGCCGUGCUCUUUAGCUCCAUGUACCGUUUCACUAACCUGACCGACCUCAACCUCACUAAGAACGAUAUCAACUACAUCGAGGAUGGAGCCUUUGCAGGACAAGCCAACCUACAGGUUUUACAGCUGGGCUACAACAAGUUGACCAACUUAACCGAGGGUAUGAUGAGAGGGCUCGGGCGCCUACAAUGUCUCUUCCUCCAGCACAACCUCAUUGAGGUAAUUGCGAGCAAUGCAUUCUGGGAGUGCCCAAAUCUCAGCAGCAUUGAUCUGUCAUCAAACAAACUCGCUCGCAUUGAUCCGGCCACAUUUACUGUUUUAAUGCGGUUAAUGGUGUGUGAACUGGCAGCAAAUCCAUUCCACUGUGGAUGUGAUCUUUAUAGUUUCCUAACCUGGCUGGAAUCCUUCAAUAAUGUCACUCACACCUACGACCGCCUGCAGUGUGAGACACCAAAGGAAAUGUUUGGCUACCCGUUACUGAGCCCCAUCUCCUCUGGCCACGCCGGUCGCAAUGCCAAAAACAUCUUGUAUCAUCGCUGCCGAGACGGUGUGAUGAUUCCUGGAAUGACAUCUCUCCCUCCAGAUCUGGAGGGUCCUUCUGGAGUUGGACCAGAGAUGUUUGGUGGUGCGGGGCCAUACCACCAGCCUGUCACCUCUUCAUCAUCUACUGCCCCCCUUGUUCCAAGCAUCAAGGUCCAGCGUGUCACCUCGUCGUCAGCGUCCUUACUUGUACAUAUUCCAAACCCUUUUAGCAAAAUGUAUAUUCUGAGCCAGUACAACAACACGUAUGUGUCGGAUGUUAAGACCUUGAAAAUUAAGAAAGAGGUGGUCACAGUCACCCCACUCAAACCACACAAUAAUUACACCUUCUGUGUUGUAUCUGUCCGCACCUCUCAACGCUACAAUCACACCUGCAUCCAGUUUUCUACGCCGGCUAAAAAUCAAGAUGACAUACCGCCAACUUCCACCACCACCCAUUACAUUAUGACCAUCGUGGGCUGCCUUUUUGGAAUGCUGAUCAUUUUAGGCUUUGUCUACUAUUGUCUGCGAAAGAAACGGGUACAUGAUGAGAAAAAGAAAUCCAUCUGCGUCAAAAAAACCAUUCUGGAGAUGCGCUAUGGACCUGAGGUUGCGGCAGCAGUGGCAAAUGAUCCGUCUGCGGUGCACAAGCUUCAGGAGCAGUCACGAGAACAUCACCAGUAUCAGCAUCAUCAUGGAGCCAAACUUCCUCUGUCCACAUCCUCCAGCUCUGGAAUGUUGCACUCAGCCAACACCAGCUCUUCUAGACUUAUCUCCAUCCCACAAGUGGAAAAGCUGGCCACUGCGUUUUCAGAGGCCAGAGCGGCAAGCAAAGGAAACUACAUGGACGUCAGACCUGGAGGGAUGGGAGACGGGGGCUACGGUGCAUUAAGAGGGAUUCAGUUGAAAGGUGAUGAUGAUAUCGAUAUGGGGGAUGACUCGGAUGACGAUGAUGGACAUGGAUCUGCCUCAGAGAUCUCCACCAUUGCAAUGGAGGUAGACAAGGUUAACCAGAUCAUUAACAACUGCAUUGAUGCCCUGAAACUAGAUGCAGCAGUUGCUGCUUCAGGUGUGUCGAAUGACAACACGGCCUCCUCUAACCCCACCUCUCCUCCCCCCAACAGUGGAUCCUCCCUUACCCGUGGGCUUAUUCCUCUUUCCCAAGUGGUAGAGACCGGCCAAGUCCUUGCUCCUAACAAAAUACCUCCUCCACCUCCUCUUCCUACCUUGAAUGCCCCUCUUGCUGAGCGCCCCGGCAUCAGUGGUGGUGGUUUUGUCGUCACUCCUCCUUACAGGCCCCCUCCACCGGCCAAUGCUGUACGGCCUAUACAGCGUCAGAUGAGCGCAGAUGCAGCUGUUGUUAUGGUUAACGCUGUCAAGAAGCAGUGCAGCACCACAUCGUGUGGUUCCAUGGAUCGGGACAGGGAUCGAGGAGGAGCCAGGGUGUACAGCCUGGACAUUCCCGAGCCGAGGAGCCCGGAUGCCUGUAAUCAGCAGCAGUUCCAGGACAGGGCUAGUCCCUUGGGCUGUGGGGAGCCCCUAGAGAGGCUGCCACUGGUAGGCAGCGGGAGCUGUGGUGGAGGGGGUGGUGGUGGUUGCGACAGUGGUGGUGUUGGUGCCCAGCACCAGGACAGCCAGAACCCACACCACUAUCAUCAACAACAGCAGCAGCAGCAGCAGCAGCAGCAGCAGCAUUGUGAGGCGCAGCAGGACUACCACUGCUCGGAGCACCGCCACUCUGUCCCAGCUCUCUACUAUGAAGGCUCACGCAAGGGCUCCCCAUCCCAGAGGGUUUCAUUCCUCAAGCCUCUGACCCGCUCACGCAGGGAUGCGGCAUCUUACUCCCAGCUGUCACCUGCCCGUCACCAUUCUACUUACUCUGGCUACUCCUCCAGCCCAGAGUACUCUUCGGAGAGCUCACUGCGGAUCUGGGAGCGAUUCCGUCCGUACAAGAAGGGUCAGCAUGAUGAGGCCUGUUAUGUGACGGCGGGGAACGCCCUUAGAAAAAAGGUGCAGUUUGCCAAAGGUGAAGACUUGCAUGACAUCCUUGAUUACUGGAAGGGUGUAUCUGCACAGCAGAAGCUAUGACUGUAGGACCAAAGCAAAGCCUUGUUGGAUAUGAAACGUUAAGAUAAGUGAAACCCUCCGAAGUUCACUGGGAGAAAACGUGCGACAAAAAUUUUGCCUUUGGGUUCUCUUGGCAUGCUAGGUGUAUAGAAUUUUGUGCUAAGAACAAGGAGUGUAAAAACCGUGCCUGGGAUUUGUGAGUAAAUAUCAUGUUUUUAUUUUAUACUUCUUUGUAGCCCAAUAUCUCCAGUAUUCAGAUGUAGUUUGGUGGGGUUUAUUUUUAGCAAAAGGGAGCAAAUUCUACAUCCAAUCUGUAUUUUAAUUUAUUCUAUUUUGUAAAUUUGGUCAUGACCCAUUUUUAUUAGUGCCAUCCUGUCAUGUAUGGUCAA